AUGCAGGGUCUUCAACGCCAACAUGGUGCCAUUAAUGUGUUGGAAACUGUUAAAUCCCACUUCUCUUCGCAUGGCCUAUCCUGUACAUUGAAUACCUCCUCUUUCACAGUGGAUGUUUUUCAGCAAAUUCCUGGUACACUGUUGGUGAAAGGUUCAUUACAAGACCAGAAUAGCCCGUUAUCAGCAUUGGUUAAGUUCAAGUGGCAGCACCUCUGCUAA